AGAAGAAAAACGACAAACGAAGCCUGCCAUUCAUUCCAUCUGUUCAACUGAUGUAACUUCAUACAUUUGAUUUGUGUACAUGUCUUAGCCACCGUGUUUCUACCUGUAAGACAAUGCGAUUAUAAAUACUAAGUUAAAUAGUAAAUUGUCUAGACGAUAAUAUCAAUACAACUUUAUAGUAAUCUGGAUUGUUUUUAGCAUACCUGGCUAACGAAGAAAGUGCUGUUAGCUCCCGAGUACCAGUCUGUUCGCUUUUUUGCGUCCAGAUAACAUUAAAAUGUUCUCUAUGAUUUUAACAAUUACUUGCUGGAGGAGAUUGGUGCUGCACUAGAAGCGUUUAUUGUGCCUCAAGCUGUAGUUUACUAACCAAUAAUGUUGCCAAGAUUGCGUGGAUUUAAAGUACUCUUAUUUUUUUGUAUUCAUGUGUAGAGGCAGUGAAGAUGGAGGCUCCACCGGUGACUGUGAUGCCUGUUACGGGUGGAACAAUUAACAUGAUGGAAUAUCUACUACAAGGGAGCGUGUUGGACCAGGCCUUGGACAGCCUCCUGCAUCGCCUCAGAGGUUUGUGUGACAACAUGGAACCUGAGACAUUCACAGAUCAUGAACUGGUUUAUCUUCUGAAAGGCCAACAAGGCAAUCCUUUCAUUUUGCGUGCCCGCCGCAGUCUGUCCCACCCCACCGCCCCAUGGCACCUCCGCUACCUUGGGCAGCCUGAAGUGGGAGAUAAGAGCCGCCAUGCUCUGGUUCGCAACUGUGUGGACGUAGCUACCUCACACAGCCUACCCGAGUUUCUUAAUGAGAUGGGCUUCCGCAUGGACCAUGAGUUUGUAGCUAAUGGUCACAUAUUUAGGAAAGGGGCUAUGAAAGUGGUGGUGACCAAGCUGUCUCGUAUUCUGGUGCCUGGGAACACGGAGAACAUAGAGCGACUCUCGUUGUCAUAUUUAGUGGAACUGAGUGUUUUGGCUCCAGCUGGACAAGACACUGUGUCUGAGGACAUGCGCAGUUUUGCUGAACAACUCAAACCCCUGGUUCACCUCGAGAAAAUUGAUCCAAGCAAACAGAGACACUAAAUGAAAUGAACUGAACCACUGAACCUUUUUCCAUUUGUAUUUUGUUCUAUAAAAUAAUUU